AUCGUUAAGACAAUUUUCAUACUUGCAAGUGUCCUUCAAGCAAGCAUCAUCUCAACACUUUGUUAAUGUGUUCAGAAGAAGUAAGUUGACCACAGAAGUAAAAUACAGAUUUGAAACUUGUUUUAUAAAUUUCAAGAUAACCACAAUGGAUUACUUAAUAACAGUCAAGACCGGUGAUCGACUUUUUGCUGGAACAGACUCUACAGUUUCUAUCAAACUUAUUGGUAGGAAUGGUAAGGAAACUCGUUAUUUUGAGUUGGACAAGCUUCUUGCAAAUGAUUUCGAAGCAGGCGAUGAAGAAGAAUAUGAAGAAAACGGAGAAGAUGUUGGUGAAAUUGUAAUGGUUUCCUUGCAUCUUGGAGGGUUGAAGAUACUAUCUGAUUGGUUUUUAGAAAAAAUUACAAUAGAAGCAAAAUGUAGUUAUCGGAGAGAAAAGUAUGUUUUUCCUUGUUAUCGAUGGAUAGAAGAAGAUUUUGUGGUUUAUGAAGGAGCUGCCAUUUUGCCCAAUUCUCCUGACAAUGUCGAAGUGCUCAAACAGCAACGAAAAGUAGAGGUUCAGAAAAACAGGAUUAUUUACAAUUGGGGAUAUAAUCCUGAUUAUAUAAAAGAUCUACCGGGAUUUGUUGCCGUAAAAGACGAAAGUCCAAAAAAUUUGCCUUUAGACGUGCGGUUCACUGGUAAAGAUUCUCUUUCCUUGUUCUCCGUUGCUUUGGAAGAUUUUCAAAUUCGGGGCUUUGCAUAUUUGUUUGAAGUUUUUGAGGCGUGGGACUCGUUAGAAGACUAUAAAGAAAUUAUAACUUCUGCAAUUGACAGUGGUCUUCCUAUUGCAGCUGAGCAUUGGAAAGAUGACGUUUGGUUUGGAGCACAAUUUCUAAACGGCUCUAAUCCAGAAGUUAUAGAAAAAUGUCAUGAGCUUCCUAAAAACUUUCCUGUGGAGAGUAGAAAGGUUGAGAAAUUAUUGGAUCGUGGAUAUACACUGGAGGAAGCCAUAAAGGAGGGGCUUAUCUAUAUUGUUGAUUACAAGAUUCUUGAGGAUAUUCCAACGAUGGACAAACCUGGUGAAAAGCGCUACCUGACAGCACCAUUAGGCUUAUUUUAUCUUAGAAAGAAUGACGACUUGGUACCCAUUGCUAUCCAGUUGAAUCAACAGAUUUCCAACAGCAAUCCAAUAUGGUAUCCCUCAGAAGAUACUCAAUGGGAUUGGUUAAUGGCAAAAUUGUGGCUUCGUUGUGCUGAUACACAAUAUCAUCAAAUGAUAUCUCAUUUGUUACGUUGUCAUUUAAUGAUGGAGGCACCAGCUGUUUCAGCGUGGAGAAAUCUCCCAUCAGUUCAUCCCGUGUGGAAAUUGUUGUAUCCUCACACAAAAGGAAUCAUGGCAAUCAACACACUGGGACGUAAGUCACUGAUUUCUGAAGGUGGUCUUGCAGAUAAAGUGCUUAGUAUUGGUGGUGGUGGUCAUAUUAAGUUGAUGCAAAAAUACUACAGAAGCUUGACCUUUGACAGUUUUGAUUUGGAAAAAGUUUUCGAGAAAAGAGGUGUGAAGGAUCUUCGAAAAUUUUACUACAGAGAAGAUGCCACGAGCCUGUGGAAUGCCAUUAAAAUGUUUGUUAGUGACAUCAUAAACAUAUAUUACAAGGACGAUUAUGACGUUAAGAAGGACAGUGAAAUUCAAGAUUGGAUUCGUGAUCUUCAUGAAAAUGGUUAUCCUGCUGGAAGUGACAACGUGGAUAAAAAUGUUCCACAGUCUUUUGAAAAGCGUGAUAAUUUAAUCCGGUUUCUAACAAUUAUUAUUUUUACCUGUUCUUGUCAGCAUGCAGCAGUAAACUUUUCUCAAAUGGAGACAUAUGGAUUUCACCCAAACUCUCCGUCCUUAAUGAGGCAGCCUCCUCCAAAACAGAAAGGAGUGACCAACUUAAAAAAAAUCAUGGACAGCUUGGCAACAAAACAUCAAGCUGCUUAUAUGGUAACGAUUAUGAACAAAUUAACUACGAUUUUUCCAGAUGAGAAAUUUCUCGGAGAUUAUGAAAAUAGUUUGUUUACUGAUCAUUUGGCAGUCGAAGCCAUGGUGAGGUUUAAAAGGAAACUGGAGAAGAUUUCAGAACGCAUCGACGAACGGAACAAAGGCAUGAUUGCACCUUACGUUUGGCUUAAUCCUGAUCGCAUUCCUAAUAGUAUUGCAAUUUAGAACACUUAAAUUUUUUUAUGCAGUUUGUGAAAUCUUUUUAAUAACACAAAAUUUUUGCAGUAUUGUAUGUUAAAUAAGUUGAUGGAAUUUUUCACAUAUUUUACAUUGUAUCAAUAUCUCACAAAUUUUUUCUCCUCUUAAGUGAAAUAAAUACAUUUUUCAGCGAAAAAA